GGACCGCCAUGAUAUAUAAAAGUACUCAGACCUCGUUGACUUCUCUUGCUUGUACAAUGUUUUUCGUCUGCUAGUGCUAGCUAGGUAAUAAAUAAGAUAUUAUCUUCGCUGUGUGUUACCUUAUCAAAAUGUCUGCAAAGAACCAGCGAGAGAACGAAAACAUUGAUGAGGAAGAGUCUACGCUGAAGGAGGAAUUAAACAAAAAGAUCAAGGAACAGAAAAUUGUGUUUGAUGAACUCUCCAAUCUGAAGAAAAACCGGAGGGUCUAUGUUCAACAGCCCAACAGUAACAUAUUCUUCUUGGCAGACAGAGGGCAGACUCUUGCUUCAUGCAAAAAGGAACUCGACAACAUGAAGAAGGAUAUGUAGAAUCUACUCAAUCUGUGACGGAACUA